AUGACAGCAAUCGCAACAGGCAUUGUUAUUGGAAAAGACGGCUGUGAAGCUGAUACAUUUAACGGCAAUGAAAUAUUAGCAAUAGCAGUUCAAAAUACUGCUCGUAUGGAUGCAUCAGCUAUUCCACUUGGUGAACAACAGAUAACUUUGAAAAAAGGUGAAAAAUUUCCGAUUAGUUUUAAUGUUGAAUACGACGAAGAAGCUGCAAGUAAAGUGCCUGAUUAUGGUUUUACAUUACGUGCAAGGAUUGAAGAUGAUAAGGGUAAUUUGUUAUAUAUUAAUGAUACAAGAACAAGUGCUAAAGGCAACAAAAUUGAAGUCAAAAAAGUUUAA